CCUAAUGCAUAGAGCUGUGAUCCUCAAAGUAGGGACUUCAGACCAGCAGUGUGAGCAUCUCUGGGGAACUCGUUAGAAAUGCACAUUCUCGGGCCCCAUGCCAGCCCUGGAGUAGGACCCAGCAAUGUGUGUUUGAAGGAGUCCCCCAGGGGAUGCUCGCUCAAGUGUGAGAGCCACUUGGAGCUGCUGUGAGAACAGCAUGGAACCGUUGCUGGUACAGAAGGUGCAGAAGGGGAUGAUCUGUCGCCUGCCUAGAUCUCCUGUACCCCAUUCCCCGGCUCCUGCGGCUCCGCAGGUGAUUCUGGAAGUUUGAGAGGCUCUGAGCUGGAGUGAAGGAACCAAGAGCAUUGGCGACGACCCGCAACCUGCAGGUUCCUAGGAGGCCAGUGCGGACGGUAUGCAAAGUUGUGAAUCCAGUGGCGACAGUGCGGAUGACCCUUUCAGUCGUGGCCUACGGAGAAGGGGACAGCCUCGUGUGGUGGUGAUCGGCGCCGGCUUGGCUGGCCUGGCUGCAGCCAAAGCACUUCUGGAGCAGGGCUUCACGGAUGUCACUGUGCUCGAGGCUUCCAGCUGCAUUGGAGGCCGCGUGCAAAGCGUGAAACUCGGACACGCCACCUUUGAGUUGGGAGCCACCUGGAUCCAUGGCUCCCAUGGGAAUCCCAUCUAUCAUCUAGCAGAAGCCAAUGGCCUCCUGGAAGAGACGACUGAUGGGGAGCGCAGCGUGGGCCGCAUCAGCCUCUACUCCAAGAAUGGCGUGGCCUGCUACCUCACCAACUGUGGUCGCAGGAUCCCCAAGGACGUGGUUGAGGAAUUCAGCGAUUUAUACAACGAGGUCUAUAACUUGACCCAGGAGUUCUUCCGGCAUGGUAAACCAGUCAAUGCUGAGAGUCAGAACAGUGUGGGGGUGUUCACCCGGGAGGAGGUGCGCAACCGCAUCAGGGAUGACCCUGACGACCCGGAGGCCACCAAGUGCCUGAAGCUCGCCAUGAUCCAGCAGUACCUGAAGGUGGAGAGCUGUGAGAGUAGCUCGCACAGCAUGGACGAUGUGUCCCUGAGUGCCUUUGGGGAGUGGACCGAGAUCCCGGGGGCCCACCACAUCAUCCCCUCAGGCUUCAUGCGGGUUGUGGAGCUACUGGCCGAGGGCAUCCCCGCCCACGUCAUCCAGCUGGGGAAACCCGUCCGUUGCGUGCACUGGGACCAGGCCUCGGGCCGUCCCCGGGGCCCUGAGAUUGAGCCCCGGGGUGAGGGUGACCACAACCAGGACGCCGGGGAGGGCGGCCAGGGGGGAGAGGAGCCCCGGGGGGAUGGGCGGGAUGAGGAGGAGCAGUGGCCGGUGCUGGUGGAGUGUGAAGACUGCGAGGUGAUCCCGGCGGACCACGUGAUUGUGACCGUGUCGCUGGGCGUACUCAAGAGGCAGUACACCAGCUUCUUCCGGCCGGGCCUGCCUGCCGAGAAGGUGGCCGCCAUCCACCGCCUGGGCAUCGGCACCACCGACAAGAUCUUUCUGGAAUUCGAGGAGCCCUUCUGGGGCCCCGAGUGCAAUAGCAUACAGUUUGUUUGGGAGGAUGAGGCGGAGAGCGGCACCCUCACCUACCCGCCGGAGCUCUGGUACCGCAAGAUCUGCGGCUUCGAUGUCCUCUACCCGCCCGAGCGCUACGGCCACGUGCUGAGCGGCUGGAUCUGCGGGGAGGAGGCCCUCGUCAUGGAGAAGUGCGACGACGAGGCGGUGGCCGAGAUCUGCACAGAGAUGCUGCGGCAGUUCACAGGGAACCCCAACAUUCCAAAACCUCGGCGAAUCCUGCGCUCGGCCUGGGGCAGCAACCCCUACUUCCGAGGCUCCUAUUCGUACACACGGGUGGGCUCUAGCGGGGCAGAUGUGGAGAAGCUGGCCACGCCCCUGCCGUACGCCGAGAGCUCCAAGUUGGCGCAAGGAAGCUCCUCAAAGCAGCAGCCCGGUCACCUUUUAUCUUCCAAGUGCUCAGAACAGUCCCUGGACCCUAAUAAGGGCUCCAUAAAGCCCAUGCAGGUGCUGUUCUCGGGUGAGGCCACUCACCGCAAGUACUACUCCACCACCCAUGGUGCUCUGCUUUCUGGCCAGCGCGAGGCUGCCCGUCUCAUCGAGAUGUACCGGGACCUCUUCCAGCAGGGGACCUGAGGGCCCUCUUCACUCCCGAGCGUGUUCCUUAAAGAGCCACUAACUCGUGACUGCCAGCCCUGUUCCUUGCUGCCGUGUACUCCUAAUUUCCUAAUCCACUGUAGAUGGAUUUGUACCUUUCAUAGAGCUAGACACCCUGACUGGCUUCAGAUCUGGUCCUGUAGCUUUUCCUUUUCUCCGUGCCGGGUGGUGACCAGGGUGGGGCCCGUUGAUUUACCUCUGUGCUCUGACCUCUGACCUCUGACCUCCCUGUGCCUCCCCUCCCCUCCUGCCUUGUUAUUGUAAGUGCCUUCAAUACUUUGCAUUUUGGGAUAAUAAAAGAGGCUUGCCCUUCCCGUGCCCCUCA